UUCCGGCCGAGAUACUGGCGCAAGGACCCGUUGCAAAACGGCUUUAUGAAGAAGCUCUAAAGGAUGGGUCUCUAAGUGUUUAUCGAACUCGAAUAUUGAUCACUGGUCAGGAUCGUGCUGGCAAAACAAGCUUGAAAAAGUCACUCUUGGGUCAACCAUUCGACCCUGAAGAACAGAGUACCGAUGGAAUUGAGGUCGAUCCAUCUAAGUGCGCCAUUAAAGUUGACCAAAUUAAGAACUGGAAUUCGACAGGUAAAAAGGAAUCAUGUUUGAGUGAAUGCUGUGAAGAGAUAUCAAGAAUGUUGGCUGAAAAAAGAUAUCAAUGGAUUCUUCAAAAAGAACAAAUGGAAUCAGAAGAAGUGCCUCAUGAAGAACCUAAAGAAAAACCCGCGGAAGACUCCAACAUCAAGGAUGAAAAUGAGAUUCUUCGUACUGAAGACAGUCCUAAGAGUCCGAACGUCUAUUCGUCAACAAGUGAAAAGCAAGACAACGAAACAGAAAACCAAACCCGCGGUUGCUUGGAAGAGAAAAGAAGUGAUUGCUCAAGUGAGUCUGGAUUGAUACCUGAUACAGUGGUGGAACAUGCUGAUAGAUUAUUGAAGGAAAUGAUUGACGGUAAGGAUAGACAAAACCCUCAGGACGACAAAGAAUCGAUUGUAACUAUCGAUUUAUGGGACUUCGCGGGACAGCACCUGUAUUAUGCUGCUCAUUCUGUAUUUUUUACUAAAAGAGCCGUGUACAUCCUUGUGCACAAUCUCAGCAAAGAACUGAAUGACCCAGCCCAGCCUUGUGCAAGACAAGGUUGUCAUAACAUUAUCUUGGAAAACCCUGGCCGAAUAACAAAUCUAGAGGAUCUGCUUUCAUGGCUUGCCACCAUUCACAGUAUCAAACCGAAGGACGAGGGAAUGCCAGUUGACAACUCAGGCACAGGGAUUUCCUAUCUUCGACCCCCGGUAUUCAUUGUUGGCACACAUGCUGACCAACCAACAGAAAAUAUCGAGAUUGUGACAACAAAGAUACAACAAGCUAUAUCUGGUAAGGAGUACGACAAACACGUGAUCCGACCUUUCUUCAGCAUUGAUAACACACAAGGUCACCAAUCAUCGUUCGGUAAAACACAGAGAAACGAAUCUGUGUUACCCAAGGUUAAGAGAUUGUUCGUUGGGAAGUCGCAAAGGAGUCAUCAGAGAGGAAAAAGUGGAGAAAAAGGCAAAGCUACUGGGGAUGAGAUUCAUAUUCUUCGUGCCAAAAUUAUGGAGAUUCUGCGACAGGAGCCAUACAUGGGAGAGAAAAUACCAGUUAGGUGGUUUAACUUUGAAAAACUUGUGGAGACUUUAGUGGCUAGCAAUGUUUAUUUCAUGGUUGUGGAGGAGCUUCGAACGCUCGUCGAGAAUGCGAACAUAAUAGAAGGGGAUGACCAUUUCAAAACCAUGCUUAAUUUUUAUCACGACUUGGGGAUGAUUGUUAAGCACCGCAACACGGUCAUUCUUAAAGCUCAGUGGCUAAUUGAUCUGUUCAGGAAGUUGAUAACCAUUCCAACAUUUGACAAAAUGGAUCCUGUGGAAUCAAAGCACUGGCCUGAACUCGAGAGAAAUGGUGUUCUCAGCAUGGAGCUUGUUGAUCACGUGUUUACAAAAUUUCUUCGUCGAGGCGUUAUCAAAGAAGACAUCUUGGACAUGAUGGAGCAGUUUGGUUUGAUUGCUAAGUUCUCUUCACCAGCUCUGCCUGACGUGAAGUAUUUUGUACCAUGUCAACUGAAGUCCCCACCAAUAGAGCUUUGUAAAAUGGAGCCAUCAUCCACUGAUCCUUGUCCAUUGUAUCUUUAUUUCCUCGAUGGUUUUGUCCCGCAUGGUCUUUUCCCACGGCUUGUCUCUAGUUCGACAGCUUGGGUGGCUACGACUGGAUCUUCACACCUGCCGAAACUCUACCAGAAUGGAGCUUGGUUUGUUCUAGAGGGAAAAGUCAUACAUGACAUGAUCCUAAUUUGCAAAAAAAGAUUUAUAAAAAUACUACUGAGGGAAGUAAAGGAAGCCAAAGCAGUUGCACUCCCGCUCUCAACUUCAAGAUCUGCAGAAGUUGCAAGAAGAGUGAGAUUGUUCUUGAAGAGCAGCUUAGAACAUUUUUCACAAGAAUUCCCAUAUCUGAGCAAACUGAGGUAUCAGUUCUCCGUCGAAUGCCCGUACUGUUUGCAAAGGGUGGAAGAAUGUGCAAUCCACAGAAAACCCUCUUGUACACAUGAGGACUGUUUACACCUUCUCGAAGUUAAACAAGGAAAGCAUCUGAUCUGUAUGGAAAGCGCCGGAUACAACGAAGUCUUGACAGUUCAAGGACGGGACUUGUGGUUUUCAUCGGAAGGAACCCAGGAUCCGUCAAAAACUGGUAGUUUGAGAGUUACUCUUUUAGCGAGUGAGUGGGGAUCAUCUAUGGGUGGCAUGUCUACCAUCAAUCGACAGCUUGCCAUACUCCUGGCCAAACAUAGGGAAAUAGAAGUCACCCUCCUAGUUCCAAAAUUUAGCUGCUCUGAAGAAGACAGGAGGACCGCUUGGAAUCACAAUGUCCUUAUUAAAGAAGCAGAGAAACGUCCAGGUUUUGACCCCCUUGACUGGUUGAGCUUCCCACCUAAAGAUCUCAUCAUUGAUGUAAUCCUGGGUCAUGGAGCCCAGCUAGGUAAGCAAGCUCAAGUCAUUAGGGAGUCCCACAAUUGUCAGUGGGUGCAAGUAGUCCAUACUGCGCCUGAGGAGCUCGGAAUGUUCAAGACCCAUCCUCGAGCUGUUGCUAAAGGAGAGCUGAAGACUACAACUGAGGUAGAUUUGUGUAAAUUGGCAAAUCUAGUUGUAGCGAUUGGACCCAAGUUGGCAGAGGCCUAUUCUGCCUAUCUUCGCCCAUGCCAGAAGCAGCAAGAUAUCUUAAAGUUGACUCCUGGAACUUUCAAAGAGUUUUCCGCUUUAAUACAAGAUCCAGUUGACUUAGGAAAUUUUAGAGUGUUGACCUUUGGUCGUGGUGAUCCAGAGGACUUCAGUCUGAAAGGGUAUGAUAUCGCUGCCAAAGCAGUUGUUGAACUGAAUGACUACUCGUACCAUCUGAUAUAUGUGGGUGCACCUGAUGGAAAACAAGAGGCAGUCAAAGAACGUUUGCUGCAGAGUGGUAUUUCUAAUCGUCAGCUGACAGUAAGAACGUUUUUGCAAGACAAAGAGAAGUUGAAAGAGUGUUUUUGUGAGGUUGAUCUCUGUAUCAUGCCAUCGCGGACGGAAGGGUUCGGUCUAACAGGGUUGGAAGCCUUAUCAGCUGGUCUUCCUAUUCUUGUAAGUGGAAACUCAGGGUUCGGAGACGCACUCUGCAGCGUACCAUCGGGGAGAUCUUUUGUGGUUGAUUCUGAUGACCCCAAGGUGUGGGCUGAGGCAAUUGCUGGUAUUCGUGUGAAAGAGAGAUUAGAACGUCUUCAAGAGACUCAACUUCUUCGGACACAUUACGAAGAGCAAUUUAGCUGGGAGAAACAGUGUGACCGUCUUGUUGAUAAGAUGUGGAACAAAGUUUAUGGUGCGGGUAUGUCGAUGAUUAUUAAUAACGUCUUUCUGUAG